AUGCCAGGCGUGAUCGACAAAACCUUCUCCGGUGUUCUCGGUGCUGCCUAUGGUCUAAUGUCCGGUGCAUGCGAUUCAUCGUACCGUUGCAACAUUACCGUUGCCGGUUCGAUUUCAAACCUUCUUGUCGAUGGCAACAACUACCAGACAGCCAGCAGUGUGGCAGCUUGGUGCGAUGGAGGACGCUGUUAUGGUGCUGCCACUGUUCCAGUGACGGCCACCGCUCCGUUCAUCAUUACUUGUGAUCAGCUUAGCGGUACGCAAGCCUGCUCUGCUACGAUCUCCGGGGCAGCAAACGCAAUCUUUACGAACGGACAGUCUGUCGAACUUUGGGGCUGGGCUACACCCGCCGGAUACUGUCAAAAUGGCGUAUGCACUGCGUCUAUUACAGCCGUUGGUGACCCAAUGUACUAG